GGCCAAGUUGAUAGAUACCUCCUGGAUACUUAAUGCUUCUCGAAUCCCUCUCCUGCCCUGCCUCCUUCAUCCACUCUCCCUCCUGUCCUCUUCCCCGUGCAACGUGCGCCCUCCAGUACUCCUUUCUCGCGCCAACACUUCCACUCCUUCAGCAUAUCCAGGCGCCGCCGUCAUGGAGCUCCCGUUUUCCGACGCUGAGAAGCGCUUUGUCCUCGCAGAAGUCAUUAAGACAAGCCCAAUCCCGGUGGAAAAGAUAUUAAGUUUUCUGGAGGAAGGGAAUGUGCAGCCGGCAUGGACUCAGAUGCUUCUCCCUCUUGGCCGCAAUCUGAAGUCAUGCAUGGACGCGUGGGACGCUCUCCGAGCUGGUCAAUCCUCGAGCUUCCCGCCAAACUAUCCAGUCCAUGCGAUGUCUGGCGCUCUUCCCAAACGAAAACCCCCACCGGAAUCUCUCGAUCCUUUCGCAUCAGCUCCUCCUCCAAAACGACGGCAAUCUGGGGAUACUACAAUAGGUGCUCAACGAGUCAUCCAACCUAAGCCCUCUUCGAAUGGUCAAUCACCGCUCUCGUUUUCCUCUGCCCAACCAGGUCAACAGCCAAAGAAGCGGGGUCGCCCUUCAAAAGCUGAGGUAGAGGCGCGGAACGCGGAGUUAGUUGCUAGAGGUGAAGUUAUACCGCCAUCGAAGGCGUCUACGCCGAGAUCUAAGGCUUCAGGGCUUCCACCUCGAGAUCCCGAAUCAAUGGUACAGAGAGAAACCAUUAUCCAUCCCGCAAGAACUCCUGCAGCGCCUAUGCAAAGCUCAGGAACGGGCGAGAGUACUGCUUCGGAGCCAAGCGCACCAGCACCAUUUGAGAGCAUGCGAAGUAGGCCGGCUGAGGGCGAGGUUUAUGAUCAGUCUGGCGAGAAGCAGCGGUUUCCGGAUUCAAGCUCAUCCCAAAAGGACUACAAGCCAGGCGAAGCCGGUUCCUCAGCGACGAUAGGAGCUCAACCACAGUAUGGCGAAUUCGAGGCCAGGCCACCAACGACCCAACCGCAAACUCAACUUCCUCCGCCGCGUAUGUUUAACCCAGGAGAACCGCAAGGACCUACAACUCAAAUGGUUCCUCCUAGGGAAUCCGUGGUAAAGGAGACAGCGGGAGCUCAACCGCGUUCUAAUCCGUAAAAUUCGAUCGAUCUACGCAUGUUUCCUGGUUACGAUCCAUGAUUUACACUUUCAGCAACUUACGAAAAGUCUAUCCAAAAAUAUACCAAUCAAUCACUCUCGAAAGCUUC